AUGUCCUCGCCAGGCCAACCUAGCUCACAGUGGUGGCUAGACCGGAACGAAGCGUCACUGCGCCUGCUCUUGGUGAACGGGUCUGGUGGACGGAUCUGGCCCGAUGAACGCGAGAGAGCGCGUCAAGGGUAUGCAGUACAUCCUGCCACUUGCGGCUCUGGUUCCCUGGUCAGGACGGCGAUGGCGACUGGGGUGGUCAACGGUCUUGUCGGGAGCAUUGUCGGAACUCGGGUCCCCGAAAUGUCGUCGUCGUCAGCUCCAAGCAACGGCGGUGUCCAUGAAGAACCCGAUGGCCAGGGCAGCAGAAGCAGCACUGUACGUGUAGGUCAGUAG